GCUCCUCUUCCCUUCGGGCGUACCUCCUCUCGGUGAUCACCCGACAGCCCACGGUCAUCUCCCACUUGAUCCCUACCACCCCAGGAAUUGCCCCCGUGUUGUCCCGCCACCCUGCUACUGAGGCUGCCUCUGCUGAGGUCCCAGGUGGCGAGGCGUUAGCCAGCAGUGAGUCAGAGGCCGAGCAGCCCACACCCCGGCAGAAGAAGCCCCGCCGGAGUCGUACCAUCUUCACCGAGCUGCAGCUCAUGGGCCUGGAGAAGAAAUUCCAGAAGCAGAAGUACUUGUCCACGCCAGACAGGUUGGACUUGGCCCAGUCUCUGGGACUCACUCAGCUGCAGGUGAAGACUUGGUACCAGAAUCGCAGGAUGAAAUGGAAGAAAAUGGUCCUUAAAGGUGGACAGGAGGCACCCACGAAGCCCAAGGGUCGUCAGAAGAACUCUAUCCCCACAUCAGAAGAGAUUGAAGCUGAAGAAAAAAUGAACAGCCAGGCUCAGAUCCAGGAGCGGCUGGAGCCCUUGCAGGGACAGGAGGAACCCUGUGAUGCUCAGGAACCCAAAGCAUGCCAUGUCCCCUUGGAGGUGGCAGAGCCACCAGGCCAGCCCCAGGAGUUGACAAUAGCCUCUUCUGAACCCCCACCAUUAAGCUAA